UUUGAAGUCCAGCCUCCCAUUCUGGCUGUUCAGCCCGAGCAGCUGCAGGAGCUCCAGAUACUUUUUUCAUCUGCUGCCAGGAUGCGAGUGAUAGGGCUGCCCAGCCCAUCUCGGAUUCUAUGUUUUUCUUUUCAUGUUACCUUCCUUCUGCUUCAGCAGGCUACUGCAGAAAGAGAACUGAAGUUUGUGGUUGCAGUUUUCCGACAUGGUGACCGAUCACCUGUUGUAAACUUUCCAACUGAUUUACACAAAGAAAGUGAAUGGCCCCAAGGAUUUGGACAACUUACCAAGGCUGGAAUGCGGCAGCUCUUUGAACUUGGACAGUACACAAGGAAAAGAUAUUCCAACUUUUUGAACAGCACAUACAACCGGAAAGAGUUCUAUAUCCAAAGUACAGAUUAUGACCGCACCAUUAUGAGUGCCCAGUCAUACCUUUCUGGCCUCUUUCCACCAACUGGCAGUCAAAUUUGGAACCCUGAGCUCCUCUGGCAACCGAUUCCUGUUCAUGUUGUGACAAAAUCAACAGAUCGGAAGCUGCAUUUUCCUCUGCGUGACUGUCCCCGUUUUGAUGAACUUCAGAAUGAAACCCAAACAUCUAGUGAAUUUCAAAGUAGAAUACAACCAUACAUGGAUUUUUUACAAACAAUGGCAGUUAACACAGGACUUGAACUAAAUCAUCUUAAAAUACUGGACAAUUUCCAGCUCUGGAAUACAUAUGACACUCUAUACUGUGAGAGUAUUCACAAUUACUCUCUACCUGUAUGGGCCACCAAAGAUGCAGUGGACAAGAUGGAAAAACUGGCAGAAUUGGCCUUAUUAUCACUAUUUGGAGUUUAUAAAACAGAAGAGAAAUCACGACUACAAGGAGGUGUCCUUGUGAAUAUUAUUUUAAAUAGUAUUAAGCAAGCCACCAAUUCUUCAAAAGAAAGAAAAAUGGAGGUCUACUCUGCACACGACACCACAAUAGGAGCCAUCCAGAUCGCUCUCAAUAUUUUCAACGGUAAACUGCCACCGUAUGCUGCUUGCCAGUUUUUUGAACUCUAUCAAGAAAGCAGUGGGCAGUAUAGCAUUGAAAUGCAUUAUCGGAAUGACUCUUCAGUGGAUCCUUAUCUACUCACUCUGCCAGGAUGCACCUCUUCUUGCCCACUUGAGAAGUUUGCUGAAUUAGUUUCUCCUGUAAUUACAGAAAAUUGGUCAAAAGAAUGUGGGAAUAAAGACAAAAUGAAAGAUAUCUAUAUUGGAUUUGAUGUUGCUGUUGGCUUGUUGUUCAUUUUUAACCUUGUGCUACUCUAUCUCCUUUAUCACUAUGGACGCUGCAGGCGCAGAAACAAUUACCAAGACAUUUAAAGGAGAGGUGAAGAAAUUAAAGAGAGCAGCUACACAUCAGGCAAUUCUUUAACUUGCUCUGGCUUGUAUCCAUCAGUUUGCUCUGUCCACAUACAUCUCCAAAACAUAUUCAACAAACUUGAAGAGCUGAGGUAUCAGUGGCCUCAAUCCUUUAAGACUGGAUAUCUCCAGUGAGAAACACUGUAGAAAAUUAUUAUUAAGAAUAUACAUUGCUAGGAAGAGGGAAUUACUUCAAUUUCUGCCUUUAGGUUUUCCACUACUAUUAAACAUUAUUAAGCUGUCCACUGGGGUGAAGGAGUACUAUUGCUUAUGAUUUGUUUUUGCUUUUUCUGGGGAGGGAAUUGCCCUCUGCUUCUCCCUUAUCCUGCUCAAGGAGUCUUUUUUCAAAAAUCACAAACUAUAAUAUUUUUCUUACUUCUUGCAAACAACUAUUUUGAUGAUGCACAGGAAAAUGUUUUCAGUGAGCAGAAGCUGCAAUUACCAGCACUUGGACAUACUGUUUUUUGCAUUUAUUCAUACAAAUCCAUGCAUAGGUUUUCUACUUGGCCUCCAGCUAAUAAAAGCCUGCUGCACGUUUUUAAAGGAGUUGUACUACUGCAGCUCUCAUAGAAAUUUGUAGAAAUCUGGGAAGACUGUCACAUAAACAAGCAUCAAUCAAGAAGUUUAGUGCAAGAGGAUCUUUGUCAGUGUCCACAGAUUAACUAAUACAGAUAAGUAAAUGCAUUUAAAUCUAUUUUCUGGGGCAACAUUCCCUUCCUGUUUUUCUGAGCUCCCAUUUAUGGAUGACGCUUUGCCAUAUAUCUUUUCUUUGAUGCGUCUGUAUCCUGUCCUGCUUCAGGACACUGAUGUAAUCUUAGUUCUUUCAGCCAUGCUUCCUCCAGCUAUCGCUUUUCUCAUGAUUUUAAUUUACAGUAAUUCCUUGUUCUGCUCAAAAUCCCUUAAGUUAGCAAGAUACACACUGGAAGAAAGAAGACAAUUCUGCUUUUUGUAUAUUGAUCUCUUCUGUGAAAUGUACUUUAUUUGUUUAGAUUGUAAGCUCCUAGUGGUAGGGAAUCUGUUUCCAUAAUUUCUCUCUAGUAUCAUAAACUAUUAUUAUAAGCACUGAUAUUGUAUAAAAUAGCGCUUAUCAUCAUAUGUUUCAAGGGCUGAAUCAAGAUUUUUAUCCUGCAGUCCUGCAAAGGAUACAGUGCAUUACAUUACCAUGAAGAAGCCUUUUAAAAAAUCAAGACAUUUAUACAGACAAAUGCCAACAGCAACUUCAGCCUGACAGAAACAGUAAGCAAUCGCGUGCUCAAGUUGAUGAGUUCCAUUGAGGUGCAGAAGUCUAGAAAAAGCUGAGAGAUGGAGCUGCUUAUGUCACAUACAGAAUCACAUCUAUGUUGAUGCACUGUUUCUGGACUGACUUCAGCUCACCUCUCUGUGCUGCGAUUUGGAGCACAGAAGCAUGCAACUCCCACUGAUCUACAGAGACUUACCCUCAGUAUUACAUCAACAGACAUUUAAAAUAUGAUGUAAUUAGAUGUAUGGAUAUUAAAUAGCAUGAAUCAAGCAAAAUUACAAAGCCCUGUGGGAAUUUCAAAGUAUCACUGUUUUUUCCUGCAGUAACUUCAGCUACAAAGUUAUUCACCUUUUGAAGAAAUAUUUCCCACUCGGUAAAAAGCUUUUACUACUAUCCUUGACAUUUCCAUUUCAUCCGUUUUAGGAAAAAAUCAUAAUCAGCUGAUGGAUUUGAUUCCUACAUGGUAAAGAUCUUUUCUCAGGGCAAAGUUCUCAAAAAAAAAAAAAAAAGGCUAUCUGUAAAUCAGAUGUUUUGUGUAUACAAGCUUCAGAAUUUAACUAGUUACUCUGAUCCUCAGUGCCAAAACUUAAAUAUGUGUUUAUAUUUUCAUCAAAAGUGUUAAGAGCAACUCUACAAAACAAGCCUGAGUUGGUUUGUCUGAGUUGGUUUGUUAGCAGUGGACUCACUGCUCAGCACAAACUGCAAAACCGAUCCUGGCUCCUGAGUAUGUAUUCUCAGUGACUACCAGUUGCCGAGCUCUAUUACCAUGACCACAGAGCUACUGACACUCACUUCAGGACAGAUUGGGUAAGUUUUUUUUACCAGAGGCAGUCAGGUCCUUGACACAUGAAGAUACAUCAUUGACUGAUAAACUGCAGCAAGAACUGUCUUUAAGAGAUCACACAGUCACAGUUGCACUCUACAAGAAGCAGAAUGGAGCAUGUUUUUCUGACAUUGACUUAGAAAAAGAAGCACACCCAGACAGAAAGUAAAAUGUGAAGUGUCUGAGACAUCUUUUGUCAUUGAUGCUACUCAAGCAUGAGCUCAUAAGCUGUUGCAAAGGAUUUUAAGAGAUGAGGUAAUUCUAGCCACAGCAGAUGCUGUCAGAAUUUUAUUGCAGGGAUUCCUGUUUUAUUAACAAAAAGUCAUACCUGGAAAUGCCUGUCUACUUUUAGAAAGAAUCUAGUGAAUGCAAGUUACAUAGAAUGUAGUGGAUAGAUUCAGAUGUUGUAACUUCAGAAUUAAUGAAGUUACAGUAAGAAUUUCAUACAUUAGUAGUCUAGGUCCCCAAACUCAUUGUUAGUAAAGAACCUUUGCCUUGAUCAAAGCCAGGUGAAGUAAAAGGCUGCAUUAGACAAGUUUGUGGCUUUUUGUCAUUUUUUGAGCUAUAUUUACAAUUUGCUCAGCAGAAUCUGUGGACUGUGAUUAGAAAAUAUCUUGUCUCCAAGCAAUUUGUAGCACUGUAAUAAAAUAUGUUAAAGAAACAA